GAAGGAGGGUGAGGGGAAAGGCUGGUAUCUAGGAGGUAAUGAUACUAGGGGUGAUAAUUGGGAAGUUAUCUUUUGUUUGUUUAGCAAAUCCUUGCUCUCUCUCUCUCACUUCUAUUAGGGCUGUAUCCCAUCACAAACUUCAUAUCUAGUGCACUUUCCUCCAUAGAAGCUACAUUACAAUGCUGUUAUUCCUGUUUGUAACAAUUAAUCCUCUGCAUUCAUAUUUGCUCUCGUUGCAAUUAGCAGGAGGACCAUGGCACUAAGAGCGUGUGGCUUGAUAAUCUACAGAAGGCUACAGUCAGGAUCCUCCUCUUCAAAAAUUGGUGACAAUAUUGAAUAUCUUCUUCUGCAGACAUCUUAUGGCACUCAUCACUGGACCCCGCCAAAAGGCCAUGUGGAUCCAGGUGAAGAUGACCUGCAGACAGCCCUGCGGGAGACGCAGGAAGAAGCCGGACUCAAUUCCAAUCAGUUCACACUCAUUGAAGGGUUUAAGAAAGAACUGCAAUACAUUGUCAGAAGCAAGCCCAAAACUGUCAUUUACUGGCUGGCAGAAAUGAAUGACUAUAACACAGAGAUCAAGCUCUCAGAUGAGCACCAGGCGUUUCGUUGGCUGAAGUUGGAAGAGGCCUGCCGAUGUGCCAGGUAUAAGGAGAUGCAGGCUGCAUUCAGGGAUGUGCAUCAGUUUCUCUGUUCCAAAGCAUAAAUCCUUUCAUGGAGGAAACUGGGGAUUUUAAAAGAAACCUGGGUUGCUCUUUUAGCAAGAAUGCAACAGGGGUUGCACAGAAAUGCAAAUUGUAUAUCAUCCCGCUGUGUGGUCAUCUCCCCUAGGUUAUCCUAGCUCCCACAGAGAAGCGUAGGCUGAUCUAAGAGAGCAAGGAGAUUAGAUCCUGCACUGAUGACUACUCCCUUGUGUUGCUUUUGUCAGGUCUCUUAAGCAUUGAAGGGCUGAGAAAAUCAAAUCCUUCACCUCCCUUCAUGCUGGAAGGACAGUGUUGAGAAAGGGAGCAGAAGGCGAAUUUUAAUAAUAAAACACAGUUAAAAAAAUUAGACCCUGAAUUUCAAGCAGUUGCCAGAACUGCUGGGCUCUAUUCCCAGCUUCUGGUAACUUGGUUAAAGUGCUUCAUCUUUCCCAGUUGUCAUGUGAAUUGUAUUUCCUUAUCCUGUAUGUUUAAUGUUUGCAAAAUGCUUGGGGAGCCUAGGAGAGAAGAUGUUAGAGAUGAACAAAAUAUAGUCAAAAAUUUCCAACUC